CAGCAACAAGCUUUUGACUUUCGUCUUCACACUGACUCUUUGAUUUCUGCAUCGCUCUGAUAUCCUGGCAGGGUAGAUAUUGUGACGGAUACUAAACUUCUGGAAGAACUGGUCACAGGAAACAUUCGUCUCCCUUCGGCGCUUACUGGACCGGCCCGGCCUGCCCGACGAAUCGCGCAAAGCUUUUCAUGCCCGGUAUCAAAGGCAGUGGAAAAACGUAGAAACCUACGCUCGCGAACUGCGGAGGAUGGCAGUAACUGCCUAUGCAGACGAAAUGCAAGACCAACAGGACAAGCGCAUUUUAAAGCAGUUGCUCGAAGGCAUCCAAACUCCCUAGGUAAAAGGGAGUUUCGUUUACGACGCCCUACUUGUCUUCAGGCAGCCUUAGAAGUGUCAGACCAAUUGGAACAAGUGGACGCGUCCAUGGGCCCUGUGGAACCAUGUUGUGCGCUGAAGGGAUGCAGUCACGCUAGCUUCAAGCCACCAGAACGGAGGAAUUGGAAUCGCGUUCCGUAUCGAUGGGGUUACUCGCGACCUCCAGUACAAUCGGACUUCCGAAGGCCCCGUCCUCCUCCACCCAGAAGAGGAAAUUUCCCGCCAAUCCAUGGCAGCCGAAAUCUUCAAGGUCUUUUUCGUCUUUUGGCAGAUUUUGAGGACAAACACGCAUGUGCUGUUUGCACUUUUGCUUUCUGUCCUGCCCGAGGAGCACCCGUGAGCUUGUUCACAGGCCGCACAUGUGGGCACAUUGUGCCUCCCAGGGGCCCAUUGGACUUUGGAUGGGAUCCUGUGUUCCAACCAAUUGGGUUCGAGAUGACUUACGCCGAGAUGGAAAAGGAGACCAAAAAUUCCAUUUCACAUCGACACAAAGCCCUUAUGAUGGUUAAGCGCCAUUUCGAAGAGAUUAUGUAAAGAAGUAUUAAACUCACUUGGUAAUGUAUAUGAUUUUAUUCCUGGCUUACUACCGGUAUGGAUUUUGACUCUCGUAUUCAAAAUACAGUCUGUAUUGAUCUUA